GCUAGAAUCAAAUACAUCCAAAUAUGGAUCUAAUACAGCUUCUUCUUCUCUCUGCUCUCUCUCUUUUUCCUGUUUCCUACUUCUUAAUGAAGUCUUUGCGUCGUUCCAAGAACAAGCAACAUAUGGCACCUAUGGUUCCAGGAGGAUGGCCAUUGAUAGGCCAUUUAAGGGCCUUUGACAACGGAAAUCCGACCAACCAUACGUUCGGGGCACUGGGGGACAUGUUCGGACCAGUGUUCAUGACAAAGCUUGGCUCUAACAACGUUCUUAUCAUAAGCAGCAAUGAGGUGGCCAAAGAGAUCUUCACAGUCCACGACAGGGUCUUAAGGCGGCCAAUCCCCAGUACUGCGUCAAAGAUUUUGGGCUACAACGACUCAUUCUUGUUGUUUACCCCUGACCGUGGUUACCGGAGAGAGAUGCGCAAGAUAGUGGUAUCCGAGAUUCUUUCAACCUCAGUCGUUUGUAUGCUCAAGCAUACUAGAGCCGGGGAGGUUGAUGUGGCGUUCGGAGAGCUGUACCGAAAAUGGGAGCAAAAGGGUGACUCUCAUAAAGGAGUCCUGGUGGAUAUGAGCCAAGAGUUUCAUGAUCUAACCAAAAACGUCUCGCUGAUGAUGAUCGCAGGGAAGAGAUAUUUCGGAGCAAGCCCUAAUUGCGAAACCAGGGAGGCAAGGAGAUGUAGUAAGCUGAUACGAGACUUUAUUGAUUACUUCGGGCUCUUUUUGUUAUCCGAUGUGAUACCACCUCUCGGUUGGUUGGAGUGGAGUAUUAAGAGGGACAUGAAGAAAACGGUUAGUGAGAUCGAUGAAAUUCUUGAAGCUUGGGUUGAAGAGCACAAGAAGAAGAGGAAGGAUUCUGGUGGGGGUGACACUGAAAAGAACUUUUUGAAUCUACUCCUUGAGAUGUUUGAGCGACAAGAUAAUAAUCCAGGUCUUCUUAAUGAUGGUGCUCAUAAAACUAUCAAGGCUCUAUGCCUCAAUCUGGUGCUGUCAGGGAGCGAGGCAGUCAUUGUGGUUCUAGUUUGGGCUGUCUCCCUACUCCUGAACAAUCCGGAUGUGCUGAGGAAAGCUCAGGAAGAGAUACAACGAACUAUUGGCGAGAGCAGAGUUAUGGAAGAAUCUGACCUCAAAGAUUUGGUUUAUCUCCAAGCAAUUGUCAAAGAGACAUUCCGUUUGUACCCACCAGUCACUCUCACCCCUUAUAGGGAAGUGAAUGAAGAUUUUGAAAUCUCCAAUGGAAACUUUCAUGUUCUCGCAGGGACACAAUUGAUGGUAAACGUCUGGAAGAUUCAUAGGGAUCCGAAUCUUUGGUCUAACCCUGAAGCAUUCGAGCCAGAGAGAUUCUUGACAUCAGAGAGAGAAGUGGAUGUUGGUGGGCAGAGUUACAAGUUAAUUAAAUUCGGGUUGGGACGAAUGGGGUGCCCCGGGAUCUCCCUUGGUACCAAGAUGGUGCAAUAUCUCCUAGCAAGGUUCUUGCACAGCUUUGACGUGGCAAGACCAUCUAGCCAAGAUGUGGACAUGACCGAGAACAAUGGGUUUGCCAAUUACAAAGCCACUCCUCUUGAAGUCUUCAUCACUCCUAGGCUUCAUAAAUCUCUCUACCAAAAUGGAUCACACAAGCUUGACUAGUACUACAUUGAUCUUUUGUCACCGAGACUAGCUAACCAAAAUAGUAUCGGGAUCAUUCCAUGAUUCGACAUUCCUAAUGUUACUUGUGGAAUUAAUAAUAUAUUUGGAAUAGCAACAUAUUCAAUAUAUUGAGUUGUUUCGGUUGCAUAGAGACAUUGGCACACAAAAUGUGGUGGA